ACCAAGUGCUACCCACUAUUGCCACACCCCAUAAUCCACAUUGCACUUUGCACCCACCAUUGUCACUUGUUUCUUUUCGUUCUUUUUUUUUUUAUGCGAGGUGCAUUUUCAACAAAUAAAACCAUGGGAGAGGCACCAGAAAUGUUUUACGUUAACGGGUUUGCAAAGGUUGUCCCUGAAGUUCAACCAAACCAUGUCAACAACGUUGAUGAUUCUUCCACAUGGUAUGAGGAAAUCAUCGAUGAUGAUCUCAAAUGGUCCUUUAAACUCAACAGUGUGCUUCAUAAAGCUAUUAGUGAAUACCAGGACAUUGCUCUCUUGGAUACAAAGCGUUUUGGAAAGGCGUUGAUGCUUGAUGGAAAGAUGCAGAGUUCUGAAGCAGAUGAAUUCAUUUAUCAUGAAUGCUUGAUUCAUCCCUCUCUUUUAUGUCAUUCAAACCCCAAGACAGUGUUUAUAAUGGGAGGUGGUGAAGGUUCAGCAGCUAGAGAAGCUCUCAAGCACAAGUCAAUGGAGAAAGUAGUUAUGUGCGAUAUUGACAAGGAGGUGGUGGAUUUCUGCAGAAAAUACCUGGUUGCAAAUAAGGAGGCAUUUGCUGACAAGAAGCUCGACCUUGUCAUCAAUUGUGCCAAGGCUGAAUUAGAGAAAAGAAAGGAGAAGUUUGAUAUCAUUGUUGGAGAUUUGGCUGACCCACUUGAAGAUGGUCCUUGCUAUCAGCUCUACACUAAGUCCUUCUAUGAGAAAGUUGUGAAGCCUAAACUCACUGAGAAUGGCAUUUUUGUGACCCAGGCUGGACCAGCAGGAAUCUUUUCACACAAAGAGGUCUUCACCUCUAUACACAACACCAUAAAACAGGUCUUCAAAUAUGUGGUGGCAUACGGGACUCAUGUACCAUCAUUUGCUGAUUCAUGGGGAUGGGUUAUGGCUUCAGACCAACCAAUAUUGAUUGAUGCUGUGGAAAUGGACAAAAGAAUUGAAGAAAGAAUAAAAGGAAAAUUGCUCUACCUAGAUGGUGCUUGGUUCCAUUCAUCUACCAUCAUGAAUAAGGCCGUGUCCAAAUCGCUGAAGAAUGAAACUCAUGUGUACACUGAAGAUAAUGCUAGAUUUAUUCCUGGUCAUGGCAUAGCAUGUCGUCCCUAAAGGAAAGGAAAGGACUCUUGCAUGCUCUCACCUCCAAAGUAUUGCGCUAAUAUUAUUAGUCCAGAUUUGACUUUAAGGUUAAUCUGUAGGGCAAUUCAAUUUAUGUAAUACAUGCAUGUUUUCAUUAAUUUGCAUAUGGUGUUAGAGUGUGUAAGAAUUUGAUGUAUAGUUUCAGAACAAUAAAGCAUGCCAGCAUAGUUACCUAGAUAAAAUAAGGAAAAUACUUAGUAAAGUUCUAUAGGUACUGUCUCAUCAAAAACUAUCAGUUUUAUAUUUUAACAGCUGCAUCAAAAAAUGACAUAUACGAUGUUGUUUAGAACAAAUCAUGUCACAAACCUGAUGAAUUGUGUCUAAGGCACAGUAUCUAAGUAUGGUCCAUAAAAUAAUUCAAUAAUAAACAGUUUCAAAUUGUUUCA